AUGGCUCUUCCUAUACUUUUCCUUCUUUUGCUCUCCAUUUCCUUCACUGAAUCAAACCUCACCGUGGACUACUACAAGAAUACAUGCCCCGACUUUCAGAGAAUCGUCCGGGAGACAGUAACCCUGAAGCAAUCUGCACAACCAGCCACAGCAGCAGGCACUCUCCGGGUCUUCUUCCAUGACUGCAUGGUGGAAGGCUGUGAUGCAUCGAUCCUCAUAGCCUCAAACAAUUUCAAUGUGGCAGAGCGCGACGCUGAGAUAAACCACUCCCUCUCCGGAGAUGCCUUUGACCUGGUUACCCGCGCCAAGACAGCUCUUGAGCUCACCUGCCCCGGCAUUGUGUCAUGUGCUGACAUUCUCGCAGAAGCAGCACGAGACCUAGUGACAAUGUCGGGUGGUCCGUACUACAAGGUGCGCUUGGGACGCAAAGAUGGGCUUGUUUCCAAAGCUUCAAGGGUGGAGGGGAAUCUAGCCAGAGCCAACCAGACUAUGGAUUCCAUCAUCAACCUCUUUGCUGCUAAAGGGUUUACAGUGCGAGAAAUGGUUGCUUUAACCGGUGCACACACAAUCGGGUUCUCUCACUGCAAGGAAUUCACAGACAGGCUCUUCCAUUACAGCAAAACCACACCAACAGACCCAGAGCUCCACCCAAAGUUGGCCGAAGGAUUGAAGAGGACUUGUGCCAAUUUCACAACGGACACUACCAUGUCUGCGUUCAAUGAUGUGAUCACGCCAGGCAAGUUUGAUAACGUCUACUAUCAGAAUCUUAAGAGGGGGCUGGGGCUCUUGUCUUCAGACAACGCUCUGGUUAAGGACCCGAGAACAAGGCCUUUGGUUGAGCUCUACUCUACAAACCAGGCAGCAUUCUUCAAAGCUUUUGCUCAUGCCAUGGAGAAGGUUAGUAUUCAUGAAAUCAAGACCGGCCAUAAGGGAGAGGUGAGGCGCAGGUGUGAUGCGUUUAACUCACUAAGCGCUUAG